GUUCUCAUAUGCCCAAAUGGAAGAGUUUCAAAAUGAAACUAUUUUUCUGUUUUCCCAUAGAGUUUUUUAAUGUUUGAGGGCUUGAAUUAAAGCUCAAAGAACGUACUAUACGGCAAAUUUAUUAAAAACUCAAAUGCAACGGUUCUGAAGGUGUGGUUGCAUUGUAAAGUUGUGCACGCGUGCGCAUUGGGUACGUGGUGUUGGCCAUACGGAUAUCUUCGACGCUACACACGGCCUACGUUUCCUGAUCAACGUAACCUCUUCGAGUGCUUGCGAUGUGGCACCUUCCGUUUUAACAUAUUUCUACUUUGCUGGUUGGUCGACGAACUCGUCGGAACAAAAGCAAUGGUCGUCGCGUGAACGACAGUCGUCGAGAGAACGUUAGUAUCGUUGACCGUGAACAUUGCCGACGGAUAUGAUCGUACGCAUGUAGUGGAGAACAUAAAAAGAUGAGAUUGUCAUUAUUGUUACUCGGUGUUUUGUCUUUCCUCGACUUGUACAAGUACGCGAGCGCUUGGGAUAAUGACGAGCUAGAAGUAUUCGAUGUCGUCGAAGAAGUCAAUCAAAACUUUUACGAGGUCCUCGGAGUCUCACAGACUGCAAAUGCGUCGGAGAUUAAAAAGGCGUUCAGGCGGCUGUCUCUGCAGCUGCAUCCUGAUAAAAAUCCGGCAGAGGAUGCGGAACAACAGUUCAGGAAGCUAGUUGCCGUAUAUGAUGUACUCAAGGAUUCAGGAAAGCGGCAACGCUAUGACAAUGUGCUGGUCAAUGGCCUGCCAAAUUGGCGGUCAGCUGUAUAUUAUUACCGCCAUGUGCGGAAAAUGGGAAUGUUAGAAUUAAGUGUAAUUUUAUUCUUAGUAUUUACCGUUGGACAAUAUUUGGUAGCCUGGGGUGCAUAUUUUGAGAAGAGAUAUACAUAUGAGCAAGUAUUAGGAAGUAGGCUCCAGAAGAUGCAGAAGAAGAAUAAAAAGGGUAAAAUGGAUGUACCAGAUCUAGCAGAUAUUUUGGAAAAGAUUCCUACGCCAAGCAUUUGGAAUACUCUUCCGUUCCAGUUUCCAAAGUGGAUUGUAAAUUUUACGUUGUCCAUACCCAGUAUCGUGCGUGCAGUGUAUAAUAUGUUAGAAGAGCGAAAACGUAGAAAAAAGGAAGAAGAAGAGGCAUUAGCACAAGAGCAUGAGCAAGAACCAGAGCCUGUGCCUCGCACCAGAAGAAGGAGACCCGGUUUCACCCCGCAAGAAAGAAGCAGUAACAAUUAUAAAGAAGUUACCAAGAAAUCUAGCGAUCAGACUAAUCAUGUCUAUCAAAAGCCUGCUCCGUCUGGCGGAGGAUUGUGGGUCGACGAUGAUAUAUUAGAGCUUAUUAAACUCGUGAAAAAAUACCCUAGUGGUACACCUGAACGAUGGGAUAAGAUUGCUGACGCCAUGAACCGCACAGUUGCGGAUGUAACAUAUAUGGCAAAGAAGGUGAAAGACGAAGGUUUAAAGCCCAGCUCUCUGUCAGAGGAGACUGUGGUAGAAGAACGUCCGAAAAAAGUCAAGACCCGAGCUGAGAACGUGGAUAAUGUCAGUGAUUGGAGUCAAGAGCAACAAAAAGCGUUCGAGGCAGCGCUUAUUAAAUAUCCUAAGGGCACGUCUGUAGAUAGGUGGGAAAAAAUAGCGAAUUGUGUCGAAGGAAAAACAAAGGAUGAGUGCCAAGUAAGGUAUAGGCAAUUGGUGGAGUUAGUGAAGAAGAAGCAACAAACUCAGUAGCCUGCCAUGUACAAGAUGUUCCUUUGACAAAAGUGUGUAGUCCAUACAAUCAAGUCCAGAAAUGGUAUUCAAUUUAUAUCUCGUGAAACUGAAUAUUUCAAGGCUGUUGUACAACAUUUCAUAUGAAUAAAUUACAGAUUUCUUAACGAUUCUCUUACACAGAAAUGAAAUAUAAUUGCAAUUAAGAGUGUCGAAACUUUAUACGUAAAGAGAGACUAUUGCUCUUAACAUGAUUCUAUUCUUAAGUGUUUCUGGAGAAUGUAUUUAUUUAAUAAAUUUAAUAAUUAAUUAAGAGGAAAA